AUGCGCGAUAAUUAUGCUCAAAAUGACUCUGGUGGUUAUCAAUCAAGUCAUUUAUUGCAAAAUCAACCACCAGCGACCGGUAAACAGCCACCUUCUUACGGAGCGUGGAGCGAAGACGACACAGAUGAAUACUCCAGAUGGGAUCCACGGGGAUGGUCUUUGAAGACCAAGAUUUUCAUAGCGAUUGGAGCCGUCGUGGUGAUAGUAGCUGUUGUCGUUGGUGCAGUACUAGGAGUGCGAGCCAAUCGGUAUCCUGAUUACUCAAAACUGAACUACAGCUUGAAAGAUACCUAUUCGGGAUCUUCCUUUUUCGACAACUUUGAAUAUUUCACUGGGGCCGACCCAACCCAUGGAUUUGUCCAAUACAUCGACCGGUCUGCAUCUCAAUGGCUCAAUUUGACAUCAGCGACGGACACUUCUGCUGUGCUGAAGGUGGACACGAAAUACAAAGGAUCGGAGGCUGCUAACGGCCGCCAAUCUGUGCGAGUCACAUCCAACAAAACUUAUGCUGAUGGGCUUUUCAUCUUCGACGUUAUCCACACCCCGUACGGGUGUGGUACAUGGCCGGCCCUGUGGCUGACAGACCCCAAUAACUGGCCUGAUUAUGGAGAAAUUGAUGUUGUGGAAGCUACUAACGCUGGAACGUUUGGAACCCAGUCGACGCUUCACACAUCGAAAGGCUGUUCUAUGAGUGUCAAACGGAAAGAAAGUGGUACUGUGGAUCACGAGGACUGUUACUACGAGGCGAAUGGGUAUACGGGCUGUGGCGUGAAAGGCACAGCGAGCACCUAUGGUCCUGAGUUCAAUGGCAAGGGGGGCGGAAUUUACGCAAUGGAACUCCGUGAUGCCGGUAUUCGUGUAUGGCAAUGGGUCCGCUCCAAGAUCCCGUCAGAUAUCACCUCAGGAAACCCCGACCCAUCCACAUGGGGCGAAGCAUUCGCAGACUUCCCCAGCACGGAUUGCGACAUCGGUUCUCAUUUCAAGAACCAGAGUAUUAUCAUCAAUAUCUCUUUGUGUGGUGACUGGGCGGGAGCGAGCAAGUACUACACAACACAAAGUAGCUGUCCUGGCAGCUGCAAGGCAUUUGUGCGCGACAAUGCGGCCAGUUUUGAUACUGCAUACUGGGAAUUUGGCAGCUUCAAGGUUUAUCAGGCUUCGUGA